GUGUUUAAUUUUAGACUUUGCCUGGGGUGUGAGCAGACCAUUUACCAGCUGGAGACAGAGCCAAUAGCACUGUCCACUCAGCUCUAGAACUGUGUAGACGUUGUGGAUAUACUUUUUACCCUUUAGGUUGAAAAUAAACUCUUAAGACAAAUUCUAUUCAAAUAUGUCCAGCCAAAGGGACCGGGACAUGGAGGACACCCAUGAGGAAGACAUUGAUGAAGAUGAUAUCCUAGCCAGCUUGUCUCCUGAGGAGCUUCAAGAACUCCAGAAAGAGAUGGACGUUUUAGCGCCAGACGAUAAAGUACCGCUUGGUCAGAGACAAAAGGACCAGAAGAAAGAGAAGCAAUCCGCCGACUCUGAUGAGGAAGAAGACAUUGAUGAAGAUGAUAUCCUGGCAAAAUUGUCUCCUGAGGAGCUCAAAGAGCUCCAGAAAGAGAUGGACGUUAUUGCCCCGGAUGAGAGGGUACCUGUGGGUCAGAGGCAGAAGAGCCAGACAGAGAAGACGCCCACAGGUUCGUUUGAUCACAGGGGCCUGGUGGAUUAUCUGUACUGGGAGAAGGAGUCCAAACGCAUGCUGGAGGAGGAGAGGAUCCCCGUCACUCUACUGCCCAGUAAGAAAACUAUGGAAGAGGAUGCUGAAAAGAAAGAAAUCGCUGAAGACUUGGAGACUGUGUAUGAGGUGGUAGAAGAAGUCAUCGAGGUGGAAGCUACAGACGGUGUUGAAGGAGAGGAAGUGACAGAGGAGAUUAUAGAGGUAAUGAUUGUGCAGGAGGAGGAAGAGGAUGUGAAGAAGGAGAAAGAGGAACAGGAGAAAAAGGACAUGCCCGUAAAAGAUGAAAGGGUCAUAGAAAACCAUGAACACCCAGUGAAUGAGCAUCUAAAAGAGUCACCGGAUGAUAACAGCACUAACACUGUGAACACGACCAGUCCUCUGCAAUCCCCACCAGAGUCCGCAGACAUGAAAGAAAAUAAAGACAUUGAGAGAACAGAGCAAAAGAUCACAUCACAAAUACCUGAGAAAGUCAAAAGUAACACCACAGACGCUCCCGCUCCUGAAGAAAUAGAGAUGACUCCAGAGGAGAAGAGGGCCUGUUUUGUUCCAGAGAAAGAGGUGAGGGUAAUUAACAAACUAAAUAUUCCAAAGCUGGCCCUUGGUGGGGGCCUUGGUGGCCUUGGUGGGGCCAAGAAGACAUCAAGACCCUCAGGGAAUGAGACAAAUCUGGACACCACUCUGGAUAAGAUCCGCAACAACAACCCCGCUAUCACAGACGUAAACCUGAAUAACAUAGAAAACAUUCCCAAAGAAAUGCUAAUAGAAUACGUCGAUGCCUUGAAGAAGAACAAACACGUCAAGACCUUCAGCAUAGCCAACACCGGCGCAGACGAAAACAUUGCCUUCACCCUGGCCAACAUGCUGAGAGAGAACCGUAGCAUCACCACACUGAACAUAGAGUCUAACUUCAUAACAGGGAAGGGCAUCAUCGCCAUUAUCCGCUGCCUACAAUUCAACGAGACGCUCACUGAGCUCCGCUUCCACAACCAGAGACACAUGCUGGGCCACCACGCGGAGAUGGAGGUGUCGCGCCUGCUCAAGGCCAACAACACCCUCCUGAAGAUGGGCUACCACUUUGAGCAGGCGGGUCCCAGAAUGGUGGUAACCAACCUGCUGACCAGGAACCUGGACCGCCAGAGACAGCAGAGGAACGAGGAGCAGAGCAAGCAGCAGCAGCAGCAGCAGAAAGAGGUGUUUGAGAUGUACGAACGGGCUCUGAACCUGCCCCCAGGGCUGCUGGCGAUGCUGGGCUAUGUCCCUCCUGAAAUCGAGGCCCUCAUGCCGCAGCUUCCCAAGGGUCCCCAAGGUCCCAUGGAACCCAAACCAGAAAAGCAGCAGAACACUUCUCCACAGUAUCAACACAAGCAGUUUAAACACAUGCAGUGCAACCCCAUUCCACAACAACCCCCCAGCAUGGACUCCUCUGGUAACCUUCUGAAGGACAUCCAGCUGAAGAGGACCCCCAAAAAGCGUGACCCUUUCCUGGACCUAGACCUUAGGGAGGACAGGAGAGCAGAGAUGCCGAAUGUCCAGCUCAGGAAGACAUCAGGAAAAACGAGGGACACAGGCGUUGAUGAGAUGGUAGAACUGAAGGCCACUCUGAAAGACGUGAUGAAGACACUGAAGCCUGUCCCUCGGAGGCGGCAGCCGGCCAAGGUGGAUGUGACGCCCCGUGAUGAACUACUUAAUGAGAUCAAAAAGAGCAACGUGGCCUAUCUCAAAGCUGUGCCACUCCCCAAAGAAUUGGAAUCAAGAGAAACCAGUCUCUUCAAUCUCUGAGGAAUCUACAAUACCUUUAUUUCUGUGUUUGUUUAACAUGUUUAAUCUCUUCAUUAACAAUAAUCUGCUUGCACUUGUAACACUAGUUUGCCUCACUACUCCUGUUCAGGUAGAGCACCUUUUGUUCCUUGAAGUUUGGAAGAACUGGUAUGGUAUUUGGAUAUGAGUCUGCACCUGGAAAAUGCACCAUAAAAUGUGCAUAGUAUAAGUAGUCUCAAUUAAUAAUUGUUUGGGUAAAAUUCAUUUACUUUGAACCCUCCCAAAUGAGUGUGGGCAAAUC